GAAAGAAGAAGCCUUUUAACAAAGUCGCAAACUGAUUUCAAGGCAUUUGGUUUUUGCUCUUUGCUAAUCAAUCAUCUUCUGUGUGUAGAUCUGAAGCAAAGCUUAAGACAGAGAACAGAGAAGAGAACGCUCAUCAGUUGGAGAAAAUUCAAAAGACAUGUCGGCACUAUUCAAUUUCCAUUCGUUUCUGACUGUUGUGCUUUUGGUGAUUUGCACCUGCACAUAUCUCAAGAUGCAAUUCCCCACCAUCCUAGAACAGAAAACAGGCUUCCGAGGUUUCUUUUGGAAGGCGGCUAGAAUAGGUGAACGUUUGAGCCCUUGGGUGGCUGCUGGAUGCUUUACAAUGGGAGUGUCAAUAAUAUUCUUUUGAUCAAUAGAGAUUUGUUUGUAUAUUUGGUAGAAGUUGCAUCUUUUGUUCUUAUGGAUAGCUGAUAUAUGAAAUUCUAUGCUAUUUAUCUUUUAGGUGAUGAAAAGGGAUCUAGUCAUGUAAUAUAGCAUUCCAUAUGGGGAUAUGAGGCAUGAUUUCCGCAAUUAUUUUUUUUGGGUUAUUUAAUUUUGGCUUGACAAUCAUGAAA